AUGCCUUGCAGACCUGCAAUAGCCUCCAUGUCCCUAGGCCGGGCAUGUAUCCAUAAGCUGCCAAACAAGCUGGAUCAAGCUCAAAAACACGGGUUCGAAGGCAUCGAGGUGUUUUACGAAGAUCUCGACUAUUUUGCGCAGGACAUGGAAGGCGGAGCCACACCGGAGAACCUGAUUGAGGCAGCCCAUCAAAUAAAAAAGCUGUGCGACGAUCGGUCACUCACCGUAAUCGCCUUGCAGCCAUUCUGGCAGUACGAAGGUCUAAAAGACCGGAAAGAGCACGCGGCGAAGAUCGAGAAGAUGAAGCUGUGGUUUAAGCUCGCGAAGGCGCUGGGGACCACCGUCAUCCAAAUACCAUCGAGUUUUCUAAAAGAGGAGGAGAUCACGUCCGAUGUCGAUGCGAUAGUGCAAGAUAUGAUUGAGGUGGCAGAGAUGGGACUGAAGGAGGAUCCCGUCAUCAACCUCGCUUAUGAAAGUCUGGCAUGGGCAACAUACGUCGACACGUGGGACCAAUGCUGGGAGGUCAUUGAGAAAGUCAACCGACCGAACUUUGGCGCCUGUCUCGACACAUUCAACAUCGCUGGACGAGUGUAUGCGGACCCGGCAUCGCCUGAUGGCAAGACGCCGAACGCGGAGGCCGACAUCAAGGCAUCUAUCGAGCGGUUAAUCAAGACGGUCGAUGCGAAGAAGGUGUUCUUCGUUCAAGUAGUUGAUGCAGAAAGACUUGAGGAGCCACUAGUAGAGGGCCACGAGUACUACGCAGCAGAUCAGCCCGCGAGGAUGAGCUGGUCAAGAAAUUGCAGGUUGUUCUACGGCGAGGAGGAUAUGGGAGGCUAUCUACCGAUCAAAGAGAUUACAAAGGCAUUCCUACAUGACCUCAAGUUCGACGGCUGGGUAAGCAUGGAGCUCUUCAGCAGGCACAUGGCAUACGAGGACCCUGGGACACCCGCGUGGCUAGCAGAGCGAGGAGGGAACGCUUGGAAGAAGAUAGUAAAGGAUCUGAAUCUUGAGACUGGGUGA